GAUGAGUCUGUUGAAUGGAGCUGAGAGUGAAGUCCCACUGAAGCCUCUGUGCUCCAGAGAAAAGCGAGAGACAAGCAGCAGCGGGACCGGGGGGGUCGACACAAGACAUGAAACACUGACGAAACAAGAAAUGAAUGAAGAGUGAAAGCGGAGAGAAAGUCGACGGAGUGACGAAGAAGAAGUUAUGAACCGAAGUGCGACGAAUUACCGGGGAAGGUGUCCGUGAGCGGAGAGAGCCGAUUGAAGGGGGGCAGAGACAACAAAGUCACAAGUGCAGUCUGAGUCCAGAGGCAGAGCUCUGAACCCUCGCCAUGGCCGACGUGUUGGAGAGCGGUGGCGGGUCAGGAGCUGUCAGAGUGGCGAGCGUGGAUUGGCAGAAACGCUGCAUCGCUCUGGAGAUGCAGCUGCUGAGGUUCCGGCUCCAGGCGGGGAAAAUCCGAGAGCUGCUGGCAGAGAAGAUGCAGGAGCUGGAGCAGAGAGUGACAGAGGCUGACCAGCGGGCUGAGAGCGCUGAGAAACAGAUCCAUGUCAUGGAGGAAAAGCUGAAGUCUGCAAACAUACAAACCAGCGAAUCGGAGAGCUCGUUGUACCGAAAGUACCAAGACCUGACCAAUCAGGUUCAAGAAAAAGAUGCUGUGAUAAAGAGAUUAGAGGUGCAGCUGGAAAAACAGAUCUUAGUCAGAGCCCAGGAGGCAAAGAUUAUUGAGGAGAAGGCUGCCAAGAUUAAAGACUGGGUCACCUUUAAGCUCCGAGAGAUGGAGCAGGAGAACCAGCAGCUGAAAAUGGCCAACGUGAAGCAGACUGAACAGAUCAUGUUGCUGCAGGACAAACUACAAGCUCUCUUAGAGAAACCUGCUUCCUCUGGAUCUCCUGCCACCUCCCCUGUAAUGGAUACCCACCUGGUGCCCAGCAGUCCGCUGUUUCCUCCCAGCUGCCCCGGCACACCACCUGCUCAAGAUGACAGCUGGAGACAAGCAGGUCUCAGAGGAGCCACUGCUAAUAUCAAGACCUCGCCGACAGAUGUGAAAAGGACUCAUGAACAGUCCAGUAAAGGGAUUUGUCUCGGAGACCUUGCGGCCCACGAUGCUCUCUCUCAGGGUCGGAGCAGGGAGGGUCCCAGCAGCCCUGUUUCCAUCAGCGGACCAGAGCUCCCAGUGGGCUCAGAGGAUCAGGCGGGGGGCUCUGACAGAGACAACUCCUCAGAUGAGCUCAACAGCAAGUUCCGCUCUCAGUGCCUUCACUCUUCCUCCUCUUCUUCAUCUUCAUCCUCAGCCUACGAGAUGGCCCAUGGACCGAGCUCCCCAGAGUCAUCCCUCAGAAUAAUACCCAAAAGCCCUCUCCUGUCACGCUCCCCCUCCACCAACAACCCCUUCCCCAACCCUCCAGUUCACCAGUCAGGCACUAGCAUGACACUGCCCAAAGUUCGGACUCCGCUCACCCCCAGAGACAGCAUCCAGCUGGUGAAGAAGCAUUACAGCCAGCCGCAGCCCAGCUUGGACAGACUUCACCACCUCAACGUUAAUAUAGACAUCAUGACCCCUUCCUCCACGUCCUCCACCCUCAAGAGCACAGGCACCGCCACCUCGCCCUUCUCACAGGUCAUUGAAGAAACAGACAUUGACGAUGGGCUUCCUGACAGCAUGGACGGGGUGGUGGAGGGGUCGGGAUCAGAGGAGCCAUGCCAGGAUGGAGUUUCCUUUGUGGGACUGCCAGAAGAACUGGAGCAGCUGGAUCCACCGCCAACGCCUCCUUUACACCGCUUCCCUUCAUGGGAGAGUCGGAUCUACGCUGUGGCGAAGUCAGGAAUGAGAGUAUCAGAGGCAGGUCCUGGAGCCAGGGGCCCCGGACGAGGGUCCAACUUACCCCAGUAUCCAGCGGCAGGUCCGUUCACCCAGCUGAUCUAUAAGAAUAUCAGCGUACCAGUCUAUACCACACUGAAAGGGAAAGCCACUCAGAUCAGCAGUGUACCUCUACCCGAUGAUGACUCUGGGUCUGAGGACGACAGCAGCUCUUUGGCCAGUUUACGGACCUCCAUCCUGAGCCCGGACAGGAAGGGCAGCGUCCCAGGGAGCCCACGAGCCGUCAAGAGAGGUGUGUCCAUGUCCUCCAUCAGCUCCGAGAGUGAUUAUGCCAUUCCCCCUGAUGCCUACUCCCUGGACAGUGACUACUCCGAACCGGAGCACAAAGUCCAGCGAACCUCCUCCUAUUCCUGUGAGAGCACUGGGCCUGAGAUGCUGGAGAAGUCUGGGUACCUGCUGAAGAUGGGCAGUCAGGUGAAAGCCUGGAAACGUCGCUGGUUCAUCCUCAGGAAUGGAGAGAUCCUCUACUACAAAUCUCCUAGUGACGUGAUCAGGAAACCUCAGGGUCAGAUUGAGCUGAACUCCUCCUGCCGUAUAGUUCGUGGGGAAGGAGCGCAGACGUUUCAAUUGAUUACAGAGAAGAAGACCUUCUAUCUGACCGCCGACUCACCCAACAUCCUGGAGGAGUGGAUCAGGGUCCUGCAGAACAUACUCAAAGUCCAGGCCAGCAGCCCGGUUACCGUGGAGACCGCCGCCAAGCCCACUGUGAGGGGUUGGCUUACAAAGGUCAAACACGGACACUCUAAGCUGGUGUGGUGUUCUUUGGUCGGAAAAGUCUUCUACUACUUUCGAAAUCAGGAAGACAAGUUGCCUCUGGGUCAGCUGCAGAUACGGGAGGCCUCUGUACAGGAAGUGGAUCGCUCCUGUGACUCAGACGAGGAUUAUGAGGCCGGCAGUCGAGGUUUCCUCUCCUCCCACUGCACCUUAGUGGUCCAACCCAGAGAGCAGAGUCCCACAUACCUACUCAUCGGCACCAAGCAAGAGAAGGACACAUGGCUGUAUCACCUGGCUGUGGCAGCAGGCAGCAGUGCGACCUUCAAAGUUGGUACAGAGUACGAGCAGCUCAUUGGUAAACUCCUCGAUGCAGAGGGAGACCCAGACUCUGCCUUGUGGAGGAGCGAGGCCUUGAGCUUCUGUAAGGAGGGUCUGCGCUCCCCUCUCACCACUCUGCCCUCUGAAGCUCUGCAGACUGAAGCUCUCAAGCUUUUCAAGUCCUGUCAGCUCUUCAUCAAUGUGCUGGUUGAAUCUCCAUCUGUUGACUACCACACCUCGCUGGCCCAGAAUGCUUUGCAAGUGUGCCUGACCCACCCGGAGCUGCAGAAUGAAAUGUACUGUCAGCUCAUCAAGCAGACCAACCGCCGGACGCCACACAACUACUCCCUCACACAGUGCUGGCAGCUGUUGUCUCUCUGUGUGGCGCUGUUCCUUCCUCAGCAACAUUUCCUGUGGUACCUGAGACAGUACCUGCAACGUAAUGCUGACCCAAGGAGUGAGGUGGGGAAGUACGCGGUGUACUGUCAGAGGUCUGUGGAGCGAACGCUGCAGAAUGGAGAGCGAGAGGCCAAACCUUCACGUAUGGAGAUCGUCUCCAUCCUGCUGAGGAACCCCUACCACCACUCACUGCCAUUCAGCAUCCCGGUCCACUUCAUGAACAACACCUACCAGGUGGUGGGUUUCGACGGCUCCACCACAGUUGAAGAGUUCCUCAACACGCUGAACCAGAGGAUCUGCGUGAGGAAGCCUCAGCUGUCUGGGUUUGCCCUCUUCACUGAUGAUCCAUCUGGCAAAGACCUGGAGCACUGCCUGCAGCCGUCUGCCAAGAUCUGUGAUGUUAUUUCCAAGUGGGAGCAGGCCCUGAAGGAGCUGCAUCCUGGGAAAAAUGAGGGGACACGGAUUGUGCGUCUGACAUAUAAGAACAGGUUGUGUUUCAGAUCUCAGGUGAAAGGAGAGACAGAGCGGGAGCGCCUCCUGCUGGCGUACCAGGUGAAUGAUGAGGUUCAGCAAGGCCACUUCCCGGUGAACAAAGAGCUGGCUCUUGAGGUGGCUGCCCUCAUGGCACAGGUUGAACACGGUGACUUGGAGAGACCAGCGGCCUCGUCUCCUCCCAGCUCUCCUCAGCCCAAGUCUCAGCUGAUCCUCCUGCAGGCCUUAGAGCGCUUCUACCCCAAACGCUACAAACAGGACUGCAGCUCAGAGCAGCUCAGGGAUCUUACUGAGCGUCUGGCCACUAAGUGGUCUAUGCUACGUGGGUGCAGUGCACCCGAGUGUGUGAGAAUAUACCUGACUGUGGCUCGGAAAUGGCCCCUGUUUGGAGCCAAACUCUUUAGUGCCAAGCCUGUCCCCCCCUCUCCUGUUGAGCAGAGCCAGGUGUGGCUGGCAGUCAAUGAAGAUGGAUUGUGUGUGCUGGACUAUACAAUGCACACGCUGCUCACAUACUCCUACCAGUCUGUGAUUACCUUUGGUGGCUGCCGUGACGAUUUUAUGGUGGUCACGAGCCAGCAGAGGGAGCCUGGCGUCGGAAAGAAGAGCGUGGAGAAGUUGGUCUUUGUGAUGGCCAAACCAAAGAUACUGGAGCUGACGCUGCUCAUGGCCAGCUACAUUAACCACUGGAACCCCAGCCUCCCACCUGCCUCACACCAGCCGCUCGGUCACUGGGACGUUGACAGCAGGCACUUCCCCGCCAUGAACUACACCACCAAGGGCCCCACACUACUGUGAAUUGUGCAAGCAACAGAGACUGUUUGACUACAGGGAGGCUUGAUGACGACAGUUACCUUUAGUCCGCAUUCAUAUGGAGUGCGUUGAGUUGCAUGUGCGGGUUUUACAUUCUAACAGACCAGGUAGAUUAUUUUUUCAUUUUUGUAAUGAAGAUUUAGAUUUAGAAAUGUCAGGAUCAGUCGUUAGACUAUUUAUUUCUACAACAAAAGAGUGUUUCAACUCUGCUUUAUUUAGAUGUAACAUUUGGGAUCAUGUUUGAAAUAUAGAAGUGGACUGAGGACACAUUUCCACUCGCAGUGUGAUGCUUUUAGUUGCCGGCUGCCGCUUAUUCUGACCUUCAUGUUUCCAGUCGUUUAGACCUCAGACUCUUCUCUGUCGUGAGGUGUUGCCUUCUGAAAGCUGGUUUGACUGGAAUACAGUGUUGUGUGUCACUGUGUAUUGACCAUGAAUGAUCACUCGUACUUGACAAUGAACUAUAGUUUAAAUACAUUCAUAGAGGUACUGUGCAAUUAGAAAGGGACUGAUACAGCUUGUGAUACUUCAGUUUCAUAGUUUUAAGAUAAACUACAUCUAAUAUUACUUAAUUAUUUUCAUUAUAGAUAAACCUAAUGAUAAUUGCAUGGUCCAUAAAAUGGCAGAAAACAGAAACUCAAGUUGACAUUGUUGUUUUAACCAACAGUGCAAAACCCAAAGAUUUUAAAGUCCCCCUCCAGACACAUUUUAAAGUUUGUAAAAAUUAUGAUACCAAUAUUUUGUUUAACAUGGUUUUCCCUCAUAAUAGUUUAAAAAACUAAAAAGGGUCUGUUUGCAGAUCUACUCCUUCUCCCUCAUUGAGAAAUUCUGGAUCUGGCUGUUGCCUGAUACUAUUCUUUCUCAAACCUCAGCUCAAACCAUUGUGUUGCCUCGCCCAAAAUAUAUCAUUUAAUAAUUAAAUUAAUAUCAUAAACAUGCGGGCGACUAGUCGACUAAUGGCUCCAAAUGAGGACUAUUGGUUAAUUAGGAAAGUUUUUAGUCGGGGGCAGCCCUAGUUUUAGCAUUAGAGAAAACAUUUGAGAGAUUCAGCCAUAUAUGUUUGAGCCUGUGGGACACACCAAAACGACUGUUGGCUGUUGGUCAGUGUUGGGCCAUCAGUGAGCGUCUGUCGCCCUAGUCUUUGCGUCGGCCCCUGUUGCCUUUUUUCAGCAAAUGCAGCGCCUUGAUUCAGCGUCGGAGACAGCAGAGUCCGUCGGUAAAUAAAGUCUCUCUGAUUGGCAGUUCAGCUCAGUGCACGAGAAGAGAAACAGGAAGUGAGGAAAGUAAACAAUCGCCUAAAGUCAAGAGGGAGUGAGAUCAGAACAAACUUGUUACAUAUGGUUGAAUUAUUUUUCUUUAGCAGAAACGUUUCGUAAAGGUUUGUGUUAUCAGCACAUGGUAAAUAUGCUUUGUCAAAAACAGAUUUGUGAGUGGAGGGGGACUUUAGUUUAAUAUCACAGAAUCUUUAAAAAAUAAUCACUGGGUUGCGCUUAAAAAAAAUACUUAUAUAAUGAAUCAGUUGUCAAAAUAGUUGCAGAUUGAUUUUCUUUCUGUCAGCUAAUCAGUUAAUCAACUAAUCGAUUCAACUUGAGCCUAAUACGAUUAUUAGAUAGGGUACUUCUUUCCCCAAAGAAAUGAAGGUCAUAUUAAAGGAACCUUUCGUAAUCCUUUCCUAUUGUUUCUAAUGAGAAAAGUUAAUAUUUAGCUCACUUAUUUAGCGUAAAACAGGCCAAAUAAAAGUGAUGUAUUGCUGAUGAAACAUUACUGAGGUACACAAUAACACAGUGGGAUAUGACAGGUGUGUUACAGUGAUAUACUGUAUGAAUGAAGCAUCUGUGAACGUUUAGCAGUGCAACAUGUUCAUGUGUUCAUUUAUCUGAUAGUCCUCUAAUAACAUAAGACAUACUGUACAGCAUAAUAAUAAUCAGGUCACUCAAGUGUUUUAAUAAUCAACAAACAAAAGGAGAGGAAAAAAUAAAACAAUAUAAAAAACAGAGCUACCAAAAUAUUUUGAUGACUUGAACUGUUCUGGAUCAAACCACUGUCUUGUGUCCAUAUUAGUUAUUUAUUUUAUUUCCAACAAUGUUUUUUGGCUUUUGCUUAAAAAAGGUAACGUUUUCCACAACUCUCACAUUUAUUUUGGAAAACGUACAGUUUCCUUUAUGUAGCAGAGUAAUUUAAGAGGAGAGUAUGUUUGGUUACUGUUUCUGGACUAGAAUGUGUUACAGAUGUUUGAAAGGUGGUGUCUUUUUGUUUGUGUGUGUGACAAUAAAAUAAAGGGUACGGU